UAGCUCCCACUCUACACCGAGAAAGGAACAAGAGUUUUGUCUUAUGGCUGUUCCAGGAAAGGUGGCAGCUUUCCAUCUGCCUCCCCUGCCAACUGUUGGAGAGAUUAUUAAACUCUUUCGCCUGAAAGCACAGAAACAACUUUCCCAGAACUUUCUACUGGAUUUGCGAUUGACAGACAAGAUAGUGAGACAAGCUGGCCAGCUGAAAAAUGCCUAUGUUUGCGAAGUGGGCCCUGGGCCAGGAGGAAUUACCAGAUCCAUUCUCAGGGCUGGUGUUGAACAACUCCUUUUAGUUGAAAAAGAUGCUCGAUUUAUUCCAGGAUUGCAGAUGUUAUCCGAAGCAGCUCCAGGAAAAGUGCGCAUUGUUCAUGGAGAUAUUCUGACAUAUAAGAUGGAGAAGGCUUUUCCAAAGCACUUAAAAAAGAACUGGGAGGACGAGCCACCAGAUAUACAUAUCAUUGGGAAUCUGCCCUUCAGUGUUUCAACUCCUCUAAUCAUCAAAUGGCUUGAAAAUGUUUCCAAAAAGGAUGGACCUUUUAUUUAUGGCAGGACACAGAUGACGUUGACUUUUCAGAAGGAAGUUGCGGAGAGGCUUACAGCUAAUCCAGGAGGUAAGCAACGUAGCAGGCUGUCCAUCAUGUCUCAGCAUCUCUGCAGUGUUGAAAACUGUUUCGUAAUUCCAGGUCAAGCCUUUGUUCCAAAGCCAGAGGUGGAUGUGGCUGUGGUGCAUUUCACUCCAUUGGUGCAACCAAAGAUACAGCAGCCGUUCGAGCUAGUAGAAAAAGUAGUUCGGAGUGUUUUUCAGUUUAGAAGAAAAUACUGCUUCCGCGGAAUUGAGACCUUGUUUCCUGAAAGUGGACGUUUGAAAAGAACAGAACAGCUGAUGAUGACAGCAAAUGUUGAUCCAACUCUGCGUCCUUUUCAACUCUCCAUGUCACACUUUAGAAAUCUCUGCAAUACAUACAGGAAAAUGUGUGAUGAAGACCCAAGCCUUUUUGUGUACAAUUACAGAGAAGAACUAAGGCAAAAGAAGACGACGAGGAAUUUACUUAAAAGUACCAGUCAACCUGAACAGACUGAAGAGGAAAAUCAGCUGUAACAGCUGUAAUU